AGCGUAACGGCACUUUGGAAAGGGGGUUUACAGAGUCAGAAAACAAUUGUGAAGUGCGUCGUGUAAAGUGUAACCAGUCGAAAGAAUGUGUCGAAGAACGUGAAUCAUCAAUUGAUCGUCAACUAACUUCGUCACAACACUCCCAGACGAGGGUCCGACGAUGGAUUCGAGGAAAGAUAUCUAUAACCUUUGGGUGCAAUAUACAACAAAAAACGAUGAAACGUACUUCCGCCAGUUCAUAGCAGGCUUCGUCAGCAUUUGGCACUCCCAGUUGCAGCUGGACUUCGAAAGUGCGCCCCGGUGGGAUACGGUUGCACCGGAUUUGGGACCCCAUCUAAGUCGGCUGCCGGAUGAGCUGCUGCCUGCGAUCGAAAAGUUUCUCAUAAUCGCUCGAGACGGCUGUGAAAAUGUUCGGGAUGAUAUUCCGGUUGACGGUGAAGCGAUGAGGGAAAAUGUGCUGCUUGUUCAGUGUCUUACCGUAAUCUGCCGUCACUUUGAAAACAUUGCGGCCGUCAUCAAAUCCAGCUACAUUUCGAGUUGUAUAGCGAUUUCGAAUUUUAUAAUUGACAAGCUUAACAACGAAAGUUCCACGGACAUUGAGACGGACGUUUUGUUCGUGAAGAGUGUUGCCCAGCUGCUGGAGGUGCUGUACGAUCCGUACCUUACAUGGCGAAGCUAUUUGAGGGGCGAGCAUGCCGAUUACGGGCGGCUGAGCUACAAAAUAUCGCCGAUGCACCCGGAAAUAGUGCCAUUCAUAUACGAUUGCUUCCAGAGCGGUAAAGUUACCAAAAAUUCGCAGAUUGGUAAAGACUUAGUUCAUAUUCUUGGUGCAGUCAUCGCAGGAUCUCAGCACAAUGGAUUACGUGCCAUAAGUCCUGCAACCGUUACCAUAAUAAUAGACGUAAUUGCCAAGUGGGAAAGUGAUGCUGAUCUUCGCCGGCUGAUGCUUCAUUGCUUCUCGUUAAUGGCGGUCAUUCUCCAGAAAUCUAGUCCCGAACAGCGCCAAAUAGAUUUGUUGACCAUUUUCCAACUGUACAUAGGAGCGAUACGUGAUCUGCUUACGACGGACCAUUUCCUAUCGAAGGGUUCACCGGUUGCUAGUUUCGAAUUGUCUCACGAUGAUGAUAAUUACAUCGACAUAGGGGCACUCGGUGCGGCCAUUGCGUCGGUGCAAGAGUUUAUUCCCGAACACUCUAACAAGCUGAUUCUCUGCAAUGCUUUGUUCGAGGCAAAGUUCCUCCCAUAUCUGGUGCAAAUUCCGGAACAAGUGAAGAAAUGGAAUAUAGAUCAUCAGACGCUAGGAACGGUGUUGGUAAAAACACUCCAAGCACUUUGUAACGACUCGGAUAAGAUGCAGUACAAUCUAAUGCACACGAACAACAUAAACGUGUUGUUUGGUGGGCUGAAAGGGUUUGGCAAACCAUCGUCGGCCCUAAUCAAUCAAUGUCUCGGCUUUGCGUUCGACGAAACCGAUCGGCGGCAGGUGAACCCGGCAGUCGUUACCAAGCUUAUCGAAUGGAUACCGAUGAUGGGCGAGAACGAGCAGAAUAUGUUAAGUGAGGUUCUGCUGAAAAAAUGUGCCGCUACUAUGCAAAGCAAACAGCACGUGUGUAGCCAGAAGACCAUCAAACUCAUCGUGGAUAAGUGCCUGUUGGACUCAAACCGACUGUCAGCCAAAUGCACGAUCAAUCUGCUGAAGCUAGUCGAAGAGUUGGCCAAGUAUAGUAUCUUCCCGGCGGAAGUAAACAGCCUGUUCCGAUUGCUGCGCGACGAGAUGCAGUUCGAGUAUCGGAAGCAGCUGCUCGAAACCCUUUUGCGGGUGUCAAACCAUCGUGCUACCAUGGGCAUAGCGCCCGACAGCUUUCUCGACAUUCAAUCAAACACCAGUGGAAUCACUAUACCGGAAAUACGCAAGUGGGACACGACGCACGGGUUCGUCUUUCACACAUGGCUCCGGCUGGAGGAGGAAACAUCGAUGGCACAGAAUUAUCGCAGACAGCUGUUCAGCCUAACCACCACCUACGGGACGGGGUAUGAGUUUUUCGUUCAGAAAAAUGGCAACUUCGUCGUGAGCGUCAUCACGAAGAAAGAAUUCUUCACCGCCACGGCCCAGUCACCGCAGUUGCUUGAUGGCCGAUGGCAUUCCGUAACGGUCAGUGUGGUGCCUCCGAAGCGACUGUUUUCCUAUCACCAGAUCAACGUUUACAUUGACGCGGUGCAGAAGCUCGGUUCGACGAUGAAAUACGCCUCGUUUGCCGAAGUGUUUCACUACUGCUCGAUCGGUGCACCCCCCGUGCCCGACGGUACUCCCGGCACUCCGAGCGCGGAAAGAGAGGAAAAGCAAUCAAAAUCCGGCCUGUUUCCCAACAUCAUCGAACGGACGUUCUUCCCGGGGCUGGUUUCGCAGGUGCCGAACUACUUUACCCUCCCGAGCAAGUCCACCUCAUCGCUCGAUCCGAGCGUUAAGUCGUACCCGAUCGGGAUGCAGGAUUUAGUGUUCGGUGAAGCGAUCUGCCUCAAGGGACAACUCGGUGCGGUGCUGCUGGCCGAUACGAACGUCAACCUGAAGAGUCUGUUCGAGGCGGGCCCGAACGUAGCGAACGUCCUGGCGACGGACAUUAUCGAAUCAUUCGAUAUGGCUUCGAAGUUUGUGUUUGCUUUCGCCCCGAACGCCUGCUUCGAUGGGCUCUGUUUGGAUCUGGCACCCGGUAAUCAGUACAACGGGCAUCUGGUGGCCAGCGUUGCUACCACUCUUUCGCUGCAGAACACUCUGAACGGGAUCGGUGGCAUGGUGGUAUUGUUGCCCAUUCUCGAUAGCAUUUCCCGGAUGCCCGACGCGGACAUUCCUUCGACGAACGAACUCAUAUCGCUGAGCCCCGUCGAGUCGCCGCUGAAGGAGGAAAAUUUCGGCGACUGGGAGAUGCUUCAGCUGAACUCGUUGACCGAAGCGAAGAUCAUACAGAACCCGAUCGCCUGUUUCCUCUGUUUAGUGCGUAACUUUAUCAACGGAAGUGAGCUCAACAAGGAGAAUGUGCUUAAGAAUGACGUCAUCGCCAUCGUCAGCUCGCUGCUGCAACAGUGCAACGAGCGGUUGUUCGACGUAAACGUGCUGAUGGCGGUACAAUUGCUGAUCGAAUCGAUCCAAAACGAGAUGCCCUCGGGAAACAUGGAGCUGCUGCACGUGCUGCUGCGCGAUCUGGUGUUUAAUUUCCGCAUCUGGGCGAAGGCACAGUUUCAAAUCGUGAUCGGUCACAUUCAGUACAUCAGUACGAUCAUCAAGGACGAUCGAAAGUAUUUUCGGCGCCAUUUUGGCAUUCAGUACAUAUUGGACGUGAUACAGGAGCACUUCACCACCGGUACAACGCUUCCACCGCAGGAUUCCAAGAUGGUUCGCGAAUCGCUGUUGAGAAUCGUGAAGUAUUACAUUCAGAAGGAGGUCAACAUCAAAGAGAUUUCAUCCGUGCUGACCUUUCUCACCACUACGAAGCACGAGGCUGCGGUUAGUGAAAUUAUCGACAUGCUGAUAUUGCUGAUCGAGGGAAAACAUGUCAAGGAUCAGAUCUUUCUGCUCAUGUACGAGCCGCACAUGGCCGAAGCCAUGUAUACGCUCUUCAUCGACCGACACUUUGGUGCGGAAGUGCACACGAAGCUGAUCAAGUUUAUUACCGGUAUGCUGAACACGAAGCGAAUAUCGAGCAAACACAAGGCCGCCCUGCGACUCUACGAUCCAUCAAUCGAAUGUCACAGCCUGUACCCCGGCCUGUUUUCCUUCAUGCUACCGUUCGAGCUGGAACCGCACGUAAUUUUGGGUCUGCUGGAUCUCAACCUUGGGUCCGACACCGAGAUGGGAUACGCCGGGGCGCUCUGUUUGAUCUAUCACACCAAUCUGGCCAAUCUGUCACUGAAGCUUGAAAUUGCCCGACGGCUGAUGACCAGCACUUUUACGAAACCGAAAGCUCCGCAGAUGAUCGCGAAGCAGGUUGGCUGGCAGGAGUCGAUUGCUCGGCUGUUGAUCAAAAAGCCGGUGGAAAACCGAGUCGACGGAAGCGUGGGGGAGCAAGAGCAGGGGAAUAUUUUGACCGAUAUGGAUGAGGUGGUCAAGCGUGAAAGUGAAUCGUCGGCGGUUGGUGGCGCUGGUGGAGGAGCGGGUGACGAUUUGAUCGUGUUUGACGAGGACACGCUGGAGCUGCACGUACAAGAUGGUGGCGGUAAGCAUGGACCGAACUCGUUCAUGUCCGAGGCGGCUACGGCGAUCGAGCAUGAGAUCAAGGAGCUGGCGGAUACGGUGCAAGAAGCGGUGGUGGAGAACAUCACCUCGUCGAUCACGUCCGUCUACUCGGUGAUACGGCAGAAGACGUCCGACAUACAGGACACGAUCGGUUCGCUGACGCUCAGCUUCGAGGAUGCGGCCGGUCGUAAGAAAAACUCAUCGCUCAGCAGCAGCAGCGAGGAAAAUGUUUCGCUCGAUGAGUCGGGCAGAUCGGUGAUGGAAGAUUUGGCAUCAACGAAGAGUGGCGAAGAGUUGGACAGCAGCACGGGCAACAGUGCCGAAUCGCCGGGCGUUAAGUGCGCCGAGGAAAAUGACGAAGAGAACCUCGUGUGCCUCGUAUCGAGCAGCUUGUUCACAAUACUGUGGCGUGGGGUGGAAAAUUCGAACGAUUCCUGGCAAGAGCGUGGCCAGGUGAUGGCCUGCAUCAACCUGAUCGCGCUGAACAACGAGCUGUACUGUUCGCACCUUAGUUUGCGCUUGCGCAUCCUCGAGAUGGGCGUUCAGGCGGCACUGAUCGAUCUGGCGGAAAACGCGCAGCUUGCCCUGACCCACCAACAGAACGCUGCCCAGCUCCUCCGCCUGGCGUACGAUCUGGUAGUGCUGGAUCCGAACGAGGAUGACUCGAAAAAGUGCUCGGUGAAACUACUCGACGGUGUGCUCUCCCUGCUCGACAUUCUCAUGGUUUUCCAGCAGAGCAGCAGCGACGAUUGGACGGAAAUGUCCCACCUGUGCCUGGGGCUGCUGCUAAAGUGCUCGCACAACGCCAACUCGGAAAUCGUGGCGAUGGCAACGGCAAAACUGCAUGCACUGCUGCAAAAUCGUAUCAACCAGGAUCCGGCCGAGAUUGGAUACCUUAUGUACAGCCUGAACCAAGCCAUGUGCAACGCGAUCGAGGUGGACAACUCGGAACAGUACUCGUUCCUCAUACCGGUGAUGAAGGCGUUGCUCGAGAAGUCACGCACCGUGCUGGGUUUGGCGACACAGACACCGGAUUUGCCGGCGACCUCGUCGGGACCGAUUUUCUUCCAGGACUUCCAAUCCUACUGCGCCAGUCGCCAGUGGACAGCGUUUGUUGAGAAAAAGAUAAAACCACUGUACACGUCGUACCAGAAAGAUCUUUUCAACACACUGUGGGAACCGCUGAACACCUUCUGGGCCGAAUGCUACGAGUCGUGCAAGCUGUCCUCGCAGCGGCGAGCCAAGCUGCAGAUGGAAAGUCGCCGGAAGUUUCAGGAGAGAAUACUGGUGCCCUGUCGAAUACGUCAAUCGGAGGAGAAUGCCCGUCUAAGCAUCCAGCAGGCCCAGCGCAAGUCGAAGGAGGCGAACACGGAGCGGCGCUGGCUAACGCUGCAGCGGUUCCUGUACGGCCCCAAGGGAGCCUGGGCGAAACUCACCAAAGACGACGAGUACUGGCGUCUUUCCCAUCAUGAGAAUGUCGCCCGGAUGCGCCUCAAGCUGGAACCGGAGCUGUACCAUGAUCCGCAUACGGCGGCGGCCAACCUUCGAGACAAUACGACCUCGACGUCGCAAAGUCGGCGGCUGUCAUCGGAACUAGGUUCCACGUUCGCUCCAGCGGCCAUCGGGGAAGAGAAUGCCGACGAGGAGAUGCUCCUCUUGGAGGAGGAAAUGCGAAACAGUAUGGAACCGCAGGUUCCCGAAACAUCCGGCAAGGAGAAAAUAGUCAUCUCCCAGGAGUGCGAGCUGAUUACGCUGAUGACGCGCGUGAAGGGACGGUUCGAUCUGACCACCACGCAGCUGCUGUUCACCGAGAUUGCAAGCCUACGGGACGACGGGCAGCGGCACGAUUUCAAGUUCCCCCUCGGGCAGCUGCGCGAGCUUCACCUGCGCAAGUUCAACCUUCGCCGAAGCGCCCUCGAGAUGUUUCUGGUCGAUCAGACGAGCUACUUCCUCAACUUUACCACGCGCACGCGCAACAAAAUCUUUACCAAAAUCCUCAGUCUGCAGCCGCCAAACAUACUGUACGGGUCGGGGCGGUCCCCGGCGGAGUUGCUGAAGUCGUCCGGUCUGACGCAGAAGUGGGCCAACCGGGAAAUUUCCAACUUCGAGUACCUCAUGCAUCUGAACACGAUCGCGGGCCGCUCGUACAACGACCUGAGCCAAUACCCAGUAUUUCCGUGGAUCCUGGCCGAUUACACCAGCGAAGUGCUGGACCUGAACGACCCGAAGUCGUUCCGGGACCUUAGCAAACCGAUCGGUGUGGUGAACCCCAAGAACGAAGCGGAGGUGCGCAGCAAGUACGACGGCUUCGAGGAUCCGUCCGGCAUGAUACCGAAGUUCCACUACGGCACGCACUACUCCAACUCGGCCGGCGUGCUGCACUAUCUGAUUCGCGUCGAGCCGUUCACAUCGCUCCACAUCGAGCUGCAGAGUGGCCGUUUCGACGUGGCCGACCGGCAGUUCCACUCGAUCCCGCAAACCUGGAAGCUACUGAUGGACAACCCGAACGACGUGAAAGAACUGAUACCGGAGUUUUUCUACUUCCCGGAGUUUCUCAAAAACAUGAACCGCUUCGAUUUGGGUGUACUGCAGAUGACCAAGGAAAAGGUGGACGACGUGGUGCUGCCGGCCUGGGCGAAGACAGCGGAGGACUUUAUCGCCAUCCACCGGCGGGCCCUCGAGUCGGAGCACGUUUCGCAGCAUCUCCAUCACUGGAUCGAUCUGGUGUUCGGGCACAAGCAGAAAGGUCCAAAGGCGGUCGAGGCACUGAACGUGUUCUACUACUGCUCGUACGAGGGUGCCGUCGAUCUGGAUAAAAUCGCGAACCCGAUCGAGCGCGAGGCAGUCGAGGGCAUGAUCAACAACUUUGGACAGACACCGUCGCAACUGCUGCGUGAACCGCACCCCCGCCGUUUGUCGCUCGACGAACUAACCAUUCGACUGCUGAAGCUCGAACUCAAGCGCCCCGACCUGACGCUCAUCCUCGAUCGUGUGCAGUACUGCGGGUGUGAUCUUUCCACCGACAAGGACCCGGUGGUUUACCUGAGCACCCCCAAGAGUCCACCCCGUUCAUUUUUACAGACCAGCCCGGACAUGCUGAUCACGGUGACGAAGUCCGGUAUUCUUGGGUGCCACAGUUGGAUGUCGUUCGACAAGGAACGUGGAUUUCUACUCGAAAUCGAUGCCACCACGCUGAACCUGAAAAACCGGAAGAAACUGGUCGGACCCUUCCACCCAUCGAUCACGCUCAACUCGAAGUUGUUUGCUGUUAGCGUGGACGCAAAGUACAUCUACGCCGGUGGCAUCUGGGACAACUCGGUGCGCGUGUUCAACAUGGCCCGCGGGAAGGUCGUCGCUUCGGCUAUCAACCAUUUUGAUGUAGUAACCUGCGUCGCAAUGGACAACUGUGGAUCGUACCUGGUGACCGGUUCGAAAGAUUGCACCUGCGUCAUCUGGUCACUGAACACCGGAAAUGCGGCCACUCAGACAGCUGGGUCAAAUUUACAGCCCAACACGGCCGCUCUCAAUCAAAAUCUGGCCGGAAACGUGGUGGGCAGUGCAAACGUGGUUCAUCUCACGAACAAUCUGACCCCGAAACCGGUGCAUACGCUUUACGGGCAUGACGAAGCGGUCUCGUGUGUUGCCAUCAUGACGGAGCUGGAUAUGGUCGUCUCUGGUUCGUUGGACGGGACGGUUAAUGUCCACACAAUCAAAGAGGGACAAUUUCUGAGGACAAUAAAUCCCAUCGGAUGUACGGGUUCGAGGAUCGAGGUAUCCUACAUUACACUCUCAUAUCAGGGUCACAUAGCUUUCUCUGCGCUGGACGAUACCUCCCAUUCGGUGCACGUGUUCAGCAUUAACGGUGUCAGCCUUGGUUCGAAGUACGUCUCCGGUCGCGUGACCGGCCUGACGACGGCCUCCGACUACCUGGUGGUCUCGGACGAUGCCGGCGACGUUACCAUGAGCCGCUUGUACGGCCUCAAACCAAUCUUCGACAUUCCCCUGCACGUCCCGACGCAGACGGUCGUGGGAACGGGCGGCAAUACGCAUCUGCUGGCACCGUUGCGCGACGGCAGCCUGGGCGUGAUCGGCAUCCAGCAGCCGAUUGCCUACAAAAAGCACACCGUGCUAAACGUUUAAUUGUACCACGCGCGCGCUCGUUGCCGCGAUUUUCUAUCUCUUCCUUUGACCUUUGAUUCGAUUGUGUUUAUCAGUAUUUUCUUGCAGUCAGUCAGUAUUUGCGCGUGUGCUCUAGUGCGUGUUUGCGUUUGCUGUCGUGUGGUUGGUGUUGCUUAACUCUCAGCGGAAAACGGGCAACCGUGGACGAAAUUUGGUCAAUUUAGCAAAUGGAUGGUUACUUAGUGACUCGAGGGUGGAUUAUCUAGAUGUCAAGCGGCGUAGAUAGUUUUGUUAAGAUGUUUUAUCUGCUAAUGAUAGUAAUUUUAAGUAAAUGUUCUCUGACGAAAACAAAAACUCUCAUUUCUCGUAUCGGCUUGGCGACAUAGCGAAUCGCCCUUCUAUUAUGAUAACAUGUGUGCAAUAUCUUUUAACAAUUUAAAAAAAUGCUCCCUGCAACUUCCUACGGACGCUAAUCUGUUUACCUGCAUACGAGAACUUCCCGUCCUGCAUCGUAAUGGUACUAAUGAGAAAAGUAACAAAUCAAAAACCAGGAUUGGUAGAAAACAUUUUUAAACGAAUAGUGCCCACUUUGGGAACGUUGUUAUAAUGUGAAAGCGUAGCAUUGUUGUUACUUUAUUAGAGACAAAACAAGAGUGAACCCUCGUAUUGCAAUGAUAUAACUAUUUCUUCCCAAUCAAAAACAAAAUCCGAUAGUCGUUGAACUAGGAAAAUAAAGCUCCCCAAAAAAGCAAAAACGUGUAGCAUUGUAGCUAAAACAACCCAGAAUAAUAGCGAAGGCUUCCAUGGCCUAGCAUAUAAACUCACACACACACACAUGCGCUGAAGUCUUGGCAAAUUCUAGAUCCUAAGUGCAUCAUAGUACCGACAUUCCAUAAAGCGUGGAGAAUAAUUUUUAAACACAGCAAAGUUUGUUUUUUUUCCCUAAUAUGUAAUUUAACACUUUCCUUCAAACGAAUAAAUUGUACUACUU